CUCUCUAGGGAUGUAAGCCUUAAUAAAAGCAAAUCUUAGUCACAAAGUUGAGAAAAUUGCCCAAUUGUAGGUUUACAUAUAUUCGAACUGAAAAUUAUUCACCAUACUUGUGCUCCAAGAUGCGUGAGGGCCAUUCUGAGGCUUUACCGCCUUGUAUAUCCACACAAACAAGUAUGUGUAUAUCUGGAGCCCCAUGCAUUCUAAUAAACACAGCUGCAUUUAUUUGAGUAUGUGAUCCCAUGUACAUGUAAAAACAUUCAAACAAACAUACUCAGCAGAUUUAUUUGAUUGUGCAAUGGGGCAAUUAUUCAAAUAAACAUGCUCAGUGCAAUUAUUUGAAUCUCACAUUGCAUGUUCAUCAUUCACAGCACUAAAAAAAAGUGGGGGGUGGGUGGGAAGCACCAAAGAAUUUACGUGGGGAAAAAUAUAUGUGAAAAUAACCUUAUUAUAGAUUUUAUUGGGUUAGCCAAAGUUAUGGCUCCCUCCUUAACUGUAACUCAACUAUUCUAUAGUCAAUGACAUUUGUUUCUAAUGAUUAGUUGGUUUAUUCACUUGAUCAUUAGUAUAUCAAAAUGACCAUAGCAUUCAGAUUCAUGUAAUAGCUAACUUUACAAACCUGAAUUUGAUGCAAUAUGAAAUCUUUAUAUUUCAAUUGCAGAACAGUUCUUUCUAGACUUCUUAUGUCAAGGGACACUGGUCAAAUGAUUGCUUUAAAUAGCACUCCCAUAAAUUAAGAAAACUUUCAUACAUGGAACAAAACAUUCCAACAUCUGAAGACAUAAAAAAGUCACAGAUGAGUCAUCUGAUCAUUUUAUAUAUUAAUAAAUAUUAUGACAUAUAUGUGAACACAUCAUGAAUCAUAUAGGUGUACUAAGAGGCAGUUUAUGCCUCUCUUAUGUACUGACAUAAUCUAAUAUACUAAAAUGGGAAGGGGCUUUUAGUCACUGAAAUAUGCAUUGUGUAACAAAGAUAAAGAAAAUACAUGGCUUGUGCCCAUCAUAAAAAAAGAUCCAGACUGAAGGCUUAGCUUUGGUUUUUAUUCAAUUAAAUUGUUAAACUGUGCACAGUGAUUUUUUUUUUAGAACUUGAGACAUUUGUGAUGUUGGCUGUUUAAAUCUUUGUUACCUUCGCUGUGAAUUGAAAUUGUACAUAUUUAGUAAAUCAUGCAGACAAAACAAACUUUUUAGACAAUAUUUUUAUUGGAGAGUUUUCUUUUCCUGUAUCCAUGUUAAAAAAAAAGACCUCCUUUCCCAAAAUAAAAAAUGUCAAUACUAAAUUUAAAGAAGUAUAAAGGGAUGAUUGCUUCCUUUAGAGCUAAAUAUUUAAAUAAACAUGGAGAUAAUUGGCAACACGUUC